AUGGCCAACCUGACCCCCCCCAGGUACUACGCCUUCGACGAGCCGUUCGUGCGGGAGCUGCUGGGCAAGAAGCUGUCCAAGGGCACCAAGAAAGACCUGGAUGACGUCAGUGCCAAGACAGGCAUCACUCUCAAGAGCUGCCGGCGCCAGUUUGACAACUUCAAGCGCGUGUUCAAGGCGGUAGAGGAGCUGCGCGGGCCCCUGGUCGACAACAUCCAGCAGCACUUCCUGCUGCCCGACCGCCUCGCCCGGGACUAUGCUGCCAUCGUAUUCUUUGCCAACAGCCGCUUUGACUCAGGCAAGAAGAAGCUGCAGUACCUGAGCUUCCGGGACUUUGCUGCCUGCGCCCAGCACCUCAUCCAGCACUGGACGCUGGGUGCCGUGGACUCCCAUGUGGACGACAUGGAUGUGGACCUGGACAAAGAGUUCCUGCAGGAACUCAAAGAGCUCAAGGUGCUCGUGGCUGACAAGGACCUGCUGGACCAGCACAAGAGUCUGGUGUGCACGGUGCUGCGUGGCAAGAUUUCUGUGUACAAUGAGAUGGAGACCAACUUCAAGAGGGGGUGGAGAGGUGCAGCCCCCCUGACCUGCCCCCCCCUUCCCCCCCAGUUUAUUGAGCCCUGCAAGGCUGACAGGUGGCCUCCGAGUGACAUGCGGCUCUUCCUGACCCAGUACACAGGCUCCGCCCACGCCCUGGAUGCCUUCCGCCACCAGGCCCUGUGGGACCGGUACAUGAACACAGUCACGGCCUGUCUGCUCCAGAUGUACCACGACUGAGCACCUCUCCCCACUCCAGCCCCCCAGCUCAAGCAGGGGCUCCUCUGUGCCCCUCUACCAGCCCUCCAUGCCCCCGUCCCUUUCCCAUGGGUGUCAUAGAUAAUAAAGGCAAUGUCAGGGCUGGG